ACAAUUGUAAUGACGUAGCGAAAACUGACACAAAUCUGAAAAGAGGCAUCGACCGGUGACAGCUCGAUUUUGUGGUGUUGUCGGAAUGGAUACCUCAAACUGUCGGAAUUUUCUAGGCUUUCUACUCCAGAUUUUCCUACUACUCUCCAGCAUAUGUGGGCUGUCCAUUGGCUCGGAACUCAGCUUUGUUACGUGCGGAUCAGUUAUUAAACUUUUGAAUGUAAAGCACAACGUCAGGCUGCACUCGCACGACGUUCGCUACGGGUCUGGCAGUGGGCAGCAGUCUGUGACGGGCGUCUCUGCGGUGGAGGACAGUAACAGCUACUGGAGCAUCCGAGGGACGAACGGCGCCUCCUGUACUCGGGGAACGGCGGUCAAAUGCGGGCAGACGAUUCGCCUGACGCAUGUCAACACCGGCCGCAACCUGCACAGCCACUACUUUGCCUCGCCGCUGUCCUCCAAUCAGGAAGUGAGCGCGUUUGGAGAAGAAGGGGAGGGCGACCACCUUGACGAGUGGACGGUCCAGUGCGGUGGAUCCGUGUGGAAGCGCGAGGAAUCCGUCCGCUUCCGCCACAAAUCCACUGACGGCCUGCUGUCCGUGACGGGGGAGCAGUACGGGCGGCCGAUCCACGGGCAGAUGGAGGUCCACGCCAUGUCGAACCCCAGCCAGCACAGCCUGUGGAAGGUGAUGGAGGGCGUCUUCAUGAAGCCGAGCGAGAGCCCAGCAGGCGGCCGGGACUUUGCUCACACACACACAGAGUUCUGACUUUCCUCUAUUCAUUCUCAGCUGCAUCUGUACCAGCAGCCACCUUCACUGUCCCAAAAUGAUUCAAUCUGUGGAUAAGAACCGUGGAAGAUCCAGCAGCCACAUUAAAUUAGUAAAACGGACAUAUUUGAACCUUCUUUGUACCUUCCAUAUUUGUUGCGUUAGGUCCAGAUUGGGGUUUCUCUGCUGUUGGUUGUUACUCUGCAGCUCAGGAAGCCGUCUAGGUGAACAUAUUGUUACACUUGUGCCUUUAUCUGCCAAUAAAAGAAGUAGGUGUUUA